GAACUGAACUACAAUUCUUAUAUAAAUAAUUGAAGGGUAGUUAGAACUAAUCUUCAACUAUUCUCUGUCUAAGGAUCAACCUCCAUAAAUGAAAUUAUAAUGUUGCACCGAGGGCUUGCUCUGCUAAGAAAAUCAAGAAAAUCAGUUGGUUUCAUGGUGUUCUUAGUUGGCAACGGAUCAUCCAUUCCAAACAAUCCUCCCAACAAAUGCUUGGAUCUAGAGAUUAUUUGAAAGGAGGAAAAGAAAUCACAGUUGCCGACGGAUGAUUCAUUCCAAACAAUCCCUGUGACUGUUUUCAAUCGAAUCAGUAGAAAAGGAUGCCGCAGAUGGCGACUUGUAAUGACAUUUAUCAGCUGCUUCCUCAAGAUGUGAUCAUUGAGAUCCUCUCAAGGCUGCCCGUGAAAUCACUGCUUCGGGCCAGAGUGGUAUGCAAAAAUUGGUACACUAUCAUAAAAAACCCUAGUUUUGUUACUAAGCACUUCAACCACACCAACAACAGUGGCCGUCUUUUUGUCAACCGUUUUGACAAAACUUCCCAGAAAUUUGUUUUCUCAUUGUUCCCUGAUCAAACACUAGCCGGUUCACCCCCGGUGUAUCAGGAUGUGGCGGCGGAUGUACUCCAUUAUCUUUGGGUUGGUGCCUGUAACGGCAUACUGUGUCUCUGCAAUCGCAAUAAUUGGAAACACUUUGCUCUGUGGAAUCCGGCAACCAGAGAAUUUAAGUCCCUCCCUGUAUUCCCUCGUAGCUUUCCACCCAAUGUGGCGAGCUCCCAAGAAACUUUUGGAUUUGGUUUCGAUCCCAUUACUAAUGACUACAAGGUGGUUUGGAUUUGGAACACACUGGAUGAUGUUAUGGAAAUGAGGUAUGGUCCUUAUCAGGUUGCUGUGUAUACACUUUCCACCGAUUCCUGGAGAUAUCUCGAUGUUGCUUUGCCUUAUUCUAGCAUUGCCACCCCUCGCUCUAAUACAUGCAUUAAUGGAGUUUAUCACUGGUUUGCAAUACACGAUGACGGUCAUCCUGUGAUCCUUUCAUUUGACAUGGGUAUUGAGUUGUUUCACGAGAUUCGUGAUAUUCCAAGUUCAAAACCGCCGGUUCUUGUAUCCUACAACAACUCUCUUGCUCUCAUGUAUUAUGAUCGCGGUCCAGUUAACAUUUGGGUGAUGAAGGAGGAAAGAGGUUGGUCCAAACGAUUUAGUGUUGAACUCCCUUCAGCUGUCAGAUUGCCGUUUGGGUUUUGGAAGAAUGGUCAGCUUAUUACAGAAAUUGGUGAUAGUCAUGUGGUGUUAUAUGAUCCCGAGACUCGUGAAAUUAAGCAUCUUGGAUCCCCGAUUUGGGCUGAUUGCUUGGUCUACAGGGAGAGUCUAUUCACGAUCAAGGGUGGAGAUGGGUUUCUAGAAAAUGAUCAGUCGUCUGAUGUAGAUCAAAUUAUAAACUUUUCUAAGACCCAGUUCAGUCCAACCUGACCUGCCAUUCCAGAUGAAAUAGAUUUUGAAAUUUCUGAUUUAUAUCACCUCUCUUGUGAUUCAUGCAUGUGUUCUGGUGAAAAGGAGAAAUUAUUUAUUGGUACGUGCAGAAAAUGUAAAGCCCUUGCUAUUUUAUAAUUUUAUUUAUUGGUAA